UCCUCCUUCUCCCUGGGCUGACUUCUGGGCCGCAGCCUUCGGAGGAGCGCACGCCGGCUUUGGGUCUCAGUCCUCUCUGGGCCACAGAGGUGUCAUCCCAGGAAACGCGCCUCCAGGAGAGAGAAGAUGCCCAGAUAUACGGUCCACGUCCGAGGGGAAUGGCUGGCCGUACCGUGUCAGGACGGCGGCCUCACGGUCAUGUGGCUGGGCAGAGAGGCCGUGAGGAGGUACAUGAAGAACAAGCCGGACAACGGAGGCUUCGCCUCAGUGGAUGACGUGAAGUUCUAUGUGCGGAGAUGCAAAGGGUUGGGUCUACUGGACCACGAUGACCUGCUGGAAGUUGCCUUGGAGGACAAUGAAUUUGUGGAAGUUGUGAUAGAAGGGGAUGUGAUGUCUCCAGACUUCAUUCCAUCUCAGCCAGAAGGAGUUUAUCUAUACAGCAAAUACCGGGAACCUGACAAGUAUAUCGCCUUAGAUGGAGACAGUCUGACAACCGAGGACCUGGUCAAUUUAGGAAAAGGACUCUACAAAAUCAAGCUUACUCCAGAGGCUGAGAAGAAAGUCCAAGACUCCAGAGAGGUCAUAGAAAGUAUCGUGAGGGAGAAAACUGUUGUUUAUGGAAUCACUACUGGAUUUGGAAAAUUUGCCCGGACCGUUAUCCCCAUCAGUAAGCUAAGGGAACUCCAGGUCAAUUUAGUGCGUUCCCAUUCUUCAGGUGUUGGGAAGCCACUGAUCCCAGAGAGAUGCAGGAUGCUCAUGGCUUUGAGGAUCAACGUGCUAGCCAAAGGAUACAGUGGAAUUUCCCUGGAAACUCUCAAACAAGUUAUCGAAAUGUUUAAUGCAUCCUGCCUGCCCUACAUUCCAGAGAAAGGAACUGUUGGAGCUAGUGGAGACCUGGCUCCACUUUCUCACCUUGCCCUUGGCCUUAUAGGAGAAGGGAAGAUGUGGUCUCCAAAGAGUGGCUGGGCUGAUGCCAAAUAUGUCCUGGAAGCCCACGGAUUGAAGCCAGUCAUUUUGAAGCCAAAAGAGGGUCUGGCUCUCAUCAAUGGGACCCAAAUGAUCACAUCCCUGGGCUGUGAAGCAGUUGAGAGAGCAAGUGCCAUCGCAAGACAAGCUGAUAUUGUGGCUGCUUUGACACUGGAGGUGCUGAAGGGCACCACCAAAGCCUUUGAUACAGACAUCCAUGCUCUGCGUCCUCAUCGGGGCCAAAUCGAAGUUGCCUUCCGGUUUCGGUCCCUCUUGGACUCUGACCACCACCCGUCCGAAAUAGCAGAAAGUCACAGAUUUUGUGAUCGAGUGCAGGAUGCCUACACAAUGCGCUGCUGUCCACAGGUGAAGUGA